UGGGCGCCAGCCAAUCUCACCACCGCGUGCGAGAGUGGGCGGAGCGGUGCAGGGCAGUGGGGAUCGCCCGGCGGCAGGCAGGAGACAACAGGAGGGAAAGGCAGUGUGUGAUGAGUUUGUCAAGAAGGAAUGGAAGGAGGGGGAGCCGACAAGUCCACGUUCACCAUAUCUGCGUUGGCGAGUGCGCUAGUGAUGCGCAUUCGCAAAAGGAAGACCCUGAUUGGCUUGUGGGACGGUCUCCGCGUCCUGUUCUAACCAAUCCAGAUGCGCCGGGGGUGGGGCCUGUCUCUCACUGGCCGGUGCAGCCUUUGCGCGCGGGUUUCGUUGCCCCGCGGCGUUCGCCGGAAUUGUUCGCCUUAGUGCGGUAGUCAUGGGGUCGGAGCUGAUCGGGCGCCUGGCCCCGCGCCUGGGCCUCGCCGAGCCCGACAUGCUGAGGAAAGCAGAGGAGUACUUGCGCCUGUCCCGGGUGAAGUGUGUGGGCCUCUCUGCACGCACCACGGAGACCAGCAGUGCAGUCAUGUGCCUGGACCUUGCAGCUUCCUGGAUGAAGUGCCCCUUGGACAGGGCUUAUUUAAUUAAACUUUCUGGUUUGAACAAGGAGACAUAUCAGAGCUGUCUUAAAUCUUUUGAGUGUUUACUGGGCCUGAAUUCAAAUAUUGGAAUAAGAGACCUAGCUGUACAGUUUAGCUGUACAGAAGCAGUGAACAUGGCUUCAAAGAUGCUAAAAAGCUAUGAGUCCAGUCUUCCCCAGACACAGCAAGUAGAUCUUGACUUAUCCAGGCCACUUUUCACUUCUGCUGCACUGCUUUCAGCAUGCAAGAUUCUAAAGCUGAAAGUGGAUAAAAACAAAAUGGUAGCCACAUCCGGUGUAAAAAAAGCUAUAUUUGAUCGACUGUGUAAACAACUAGAGAAGAUUGGACAGCAGGUCGACAGAGAACCUGGAGAUUUAGCUACUCCACCACGGAAGAGAAAGAAGAUAGUGGUUGAAGCCCCAGCAAAGGAAAUGGAGAAGGUAGAGGAGAUGCCACAUAAACCACAGAAAGAUGAAGAUCUGACACAGGAUUAUGAAGAAUGGAAACGAAAAAUUUUGGAAAAUGCUGCCAGUGCUUAAAAGGCUACAGCAGAGUGAUUUCAGCUUCCAGACUGGUAUGCAUUUCAAACCGAUAGUACAUUGCCACCUCCAGGAAGACUUGAUGGCUUUGGGAUUUUGUUUAAACUUUUGUAACAAGGAUCCUAAGACUGUUGCCUUUAAAUAGCAAAGCAGCCUACCCGGAGGCUAAGUCUAGGCAGUGGGCUGGCCCCUGGUGUGAGCAUUAGACCAGCCACAGUGCCUGAUUGGUAUAGCCUUAUGUGCUCUCCUACAAAAUGGAAUUGGAGGCUGGGCGCAGUGGCUCACGCCUGUAAUCCCAGCACUUUGGGAGGCCGAGGUGGGUGGAUCACCUGAGGUCAGGAGCUCAAGACCAGCCUGGCCAACAUGGUGAAACCCCAUCUCUACUAAAAA